GCGGCGAGUGGCGGUUGGCGGCUCUCUGGCGUCCAUCUUCACCCGUCUACCUCGCGCACCAUGUCCGGCCGCGGCAAGACCGGCGGUAAGGCCCGCGCCAAAGCCAAGUCGCGCUCUUCCCGCGCCGGCCUCCAGUUCCCGGUGGGCCGCGUCCACCGGCUGCUGCGGAAGGGCCAUUACGCCGAGCGGGUGGGCGCCGGCGCGCCGGUGUACCUGGCGGCGGUGCUCGAGUACCUGACGGCCGAGAUCCUGGAGCUGGCGGGCAACGCGGCCCGCGACAACAAGAAGACGCGGAUCAUCCCCCGCCACCUGCAGCUGGCCAUCCGCAACGACGAGGAGCUCAACAAGCUCCUGGGCGGCGUGACGAUCGCGCAGGGCGGCGUCCUGCCCAACAUCCAGGCCGUGCUGCUGCCCAAGAAGACGAGCGCCACCGUGGGGCCGAAGGCGCCGGCGAGCGGCAAGAAGGGCACCCAGGCCUCGCAGGAGUACUGAGGGGCGCCGGCCGCGGCCCGCCCCCCGCCCUCCAUGCCACCACAAAGGCCCUUUUAAGGGCCACCACCGUCCUCACCGGAAGAGCUGAGCCGCCUCGGGCGCGGGGCGGCCGGGCCGCCAC